AACUUCCUCUCCGCGGAGUCCACCCGCCUGGGGGAGUUUUCUCAGCAGGGCCUUGCAAGUUUGUGGGGCAGAGUGCGGGCCCGGGGAUGGUGGAAGGACCAGGUUGUACUCUAAAUGGAGAGAAAAUUCGGGCUCGAGUGCGCCCGGGCCAAGCGGUGACGGACGUGCGGGGCAGCGUGCUGCAAAACGCGGGGGGUCCCGGCUUGCCUCUCUCAGCCUCGGAGACUGUGGUCCCCUCACAGGCUACUGCACUGAAUAAUAAUAAACUUUGCAGCCAGAAUUCCUUGAGACUGUUUAAUGGACACAUUUACAGUGGUGUGGAGACUCUGGGGAAGGAGCUCUUUAUGUACUUUGGGCCAAAAGCUUUACGGAUUCAUUUUGGAAUGAAAGGCUCUCUUGCGAUUAAUCCACUUGAGUCUAAAAGUAAAAAUGGAGUUUCUCCUGUUUUUGAAGUGCAGCUCACCAAAGAUCUUAUUUGUUUCUUUGACUCAUCAGUAGAAAUCAGAAACACAGCAGAAAGCCAACAGAGAAUAAGGAUGAUGGAAGAAUUAGAUAUAUGUUCACCUAAAUUUAGUUUCUCAAGAGCAGAACGUGAAGUUAAAAAGCAGGGAGGACGAAUGCUCUGUGAUGUGUUAAUGGAUCAGAAAGUGUUGCCAGGGGUGGGGAACAUCAUCAAAAAUGAAGCUCUCUUUGAUAGUGGACUCCACCCAGCCGUUAAAGUUUGUCAGUUAACAGAUGAACAGACCCAUCACCUUGUGAAAAUGAUACAUGAUUUCAGCAUUCUUUUCUACAGGUGCUGUAAAGCAGGAUCUGCUGUCUCUAAACACUAUAAGGUUUACAAGCGUCCUAAUUGCGGUCAGUGCUGCUGCAAAAUAACUGUGUGUCGCUUAGGGGAGAAUAACAGAAUGACAUAUUUCUGUCCUCACUGUCAGAAAGAAAACCCUCAACAUGUUGACAUAUGCUUGCUACCAGCUAGAAACACUUUCGUCCCUUGGCCAUCCAGCAGGGAGAAUCAUUUCACAGACUGUGUGGCUUGGAAAUCUGAAGAGCAGUGGACGUGUGAGGUCUGUACACUAAUAAAUAAGCCAUCUUCUCAGGCAUGUGAUGCUUGCCUGUCUUCAAGGCCUGUUGAUUCAGUGCUUGAGAAUGAAGAAAAGCCAACUGCCUUGAACAACUUAGUGAAAUACCCUUGUAAUAGCUUUGGAAAACCAAGGACAGAAGUGAAGAUCAACAGGAAAACUGCAUUUGGAACUACAACCCUUGUCUUGACUGAUUUCAGUAAUAAAUCCAGUGCUUUGAAAAGAGAAGAAAGCCAAAAGCAGAUUUUAGAUGGGGAAUUUCCAAGCCCUGCUUCUCAUGUCCGUUUUAGUGAUACAUCGCACCCCUCCCGGGAGAGAGCAAACUAUAUAACUCAACUAUCUAACAAAGUAAAUGUAUUACCUAUGAUCUGUACUCAGUCUAAAAUAUUUAGUCCAGCAUAUACAAAUUUAAAAACAACCCACUACUCAUCACCAGAUCUCAAAACUUGCAACCCUGGAUUUUCUAACAGUGAACUUCAGAUUAAUAUGACAGAUGGUCCUCAUACAUUAGAUGCUGGCAGUCCUCGCUGCAGUAAACACGGCCGCCCCUGCAUUCUCCGAGUGGUGAGGAAGGAUGGCGAAAACAAGGGCAGGCAGUUUUAUGCUUGUCCUCUACCUAGAGAAGCACAAUGUGGAUUUUUUGAGUGGGCAGAUUUGUCAUUCCCAUUCUGCAACCAUGGCAAACGCUCCAUCAUGAGAACAGUGUUGAAGAUUGGACCUAAUAAUGGAAAGAAUUUUUUUGUGUGCCCUCUUGGGAAGGAAAAACAGUGCAAUUUUUUCCAGUGGGCAGAAAAUGGACCAGGAAUAAACAUUAUUCCAGGAUGCUAAUGUUUUCUCCUUCUGUAGAAUACCUUUUAAUCCUUUCAAACUAUAAUUUUAGGUUUAUUGUAAUAUUUGAUAACUGUUCAUUUUAGUUUGCCACCUUUCCAUUCUGUGGCUGUAUU